AACAUAUUUGUAUAUAUUUAUUUAUUUAAUUUAUAUGUAUAUUUUUGUGUAAGUCUCUUCGCCCAGCGUGCUAUGUGCCGUCAGCGCUCACUGCGCAUGCGCACGCAAUCACAAAUAUGCCCGCUGCCUGACAUACAGUCGACAGCAAAUCAGCUGGAGCAAUAUGACGUGUUAGUUGACCAGAUAGUUUCUGUCCGUCCUUCUUUGUGCAGUUUGACGCUUGAGGUCAGAGGUCAUGGCUGUUGAUUGUGGCGUGUUCGUGGACUGGUCUCAGAUGGGCGAUGUGAGUCACGACGCGACUCCCGGUAAGAUCGAAUAUAAAGACUUCAAGGAGCUGAAGCAGCACGCCCGCUCGGGCCAGUGGGCCAAAAAUCACAGCCAGCGCUCGGCCGUUUACCAGCAGCUGCUCAAAGCUCUGCCGUGUCGCACCGUCACGCCGGACGCCGCGGUCUACCGCGAUAUCGUAGGCAGUGCUAACAGCAAGCGCAACCCAUCCGCUUACCUCUUGCCAGAGUUUGUGGACGGGGUGGCAGUGCCACGCUACUGUCUGAAGGCCGAAUCUGUGGGAUCAGUGCAUGCUGUGAUUUCUUGCAUCGCAGGGCAGUUCCCAGAUAUCUCGUAUUGCCCGUCUUUACCGGCGGUGACCGCGCUGCUGCUGCACUGGAGCGCAGAUGAAGCGCAGUGCUUCGAGAGCGUCAGCCGCAUGCUGGCCUGCAACGAACCCGGGCGCCGUUUAUUAGAUCAGACUUUCCUUGCAUAUCAAUCAGCCUGCAUGACCUUUGGCGACCUUGUGCAUAAAUACUGCCCGGGCGCGCAUAAACUGAUGGUGGCCACCGCGACAGACGUCCUGGAGGUUUACUCUGACUGGCAGCGAUGGGUUCUGGGCGACCUGCCUUUUAGCUUCGCUGCGCGUGUGAUGGACGUUUACUUGGUGGAGGGGUAUAAGGUCCUUUACCGCGUGGCGCUGGCGAUACUGAAGUUCUACCGCAAGCAGCGCAGCGCUGCAACAAGCUCGGCUUUAACCAAGCAGGACUCGGCGGCGAUCAGGAGCGAUAUACAGGAAUUCGUGCAGAAUAUCGGGAAAAGCGUGACGCCGGAAAAGCUGCUUGAAAAGGCCUUUUCCAUCCGCCUGUUCAGCCGGAAAGAGAUCACACUGCUGCAGCUGGCCAAUGAGAAAUCACUCCAGCAGAAAGGCAUCACCGUCAAACAGAAGAGCUCUAUCAAAAGACAAAAUGUGCAGUUAGCGGUGAACGCUGAUAAUUUCAGCUCGGAGAUCGUCAGCGCUAAAGAGAUCAGAGAUAUCUGGUCGUGGAUCCCGGAGCGUUUCGCUUUAUGUCAGCCGCAGCUGCUCUUCACCACAUCCACACACGGCUGCAGCCUCAACAGGUUUUAUUCUCACUGUGAGGGAUAUGAGCCGACGUUAAUGCUCCUCAGAACUACAGAUGGAGAGAUGUGUGGAGCCUUCCUGUCCACUGAUUGGGAGGAGCGGAAGAGGGGCGGGAACAAGCUCAGCUUCUUUGGCACUGGAGAGUGUUUCGUCUUUAAAAUGAAGCCGGAGAUGGAGCGUUACGAGUGGGUCAUCAUCAAACACCCGGAGCUGGCGAACUCGUCUCAAGCUGUAGAAGAUGAACAGACCGGAGCGAACGACAACGGUGGGCCGAAGUCUCUCGAGACACCGGCCACAGACGCGUCUCACCUGUCCCCAUUUCUCUCCGCAAGACACUUCAACCUCAACUCAAGGAACACCUCCAUGUUUAUGGCGGGAAAUGUCGACUCCAUCAUAAUCGGAGGAGGUGAAGGUAACGCUCUGUACAUCGACUCGGAGCUGAACCACGGCCGAACCGAGCGCUGCCUGACCUUCGACAACCCACCGCUGUGUGCUGAGAGCUUCCAGAUCGCUCUUCUGGAGGUUUGGGGAUUCAAAGACGCCAUGGCUUCAUAAGAGCGGCUCCAUUGUCUGAAAUGUGAUAGACGUCUCUUCAUGUAGGUUUUAACAGAGACAUGAUGCUCCUCCAGUGCACUAAAACAUCCGUCCCGAGCUCCAGUGAAGAUGAAGUUUAGUGUGUAUAUUUAUCUAUUUAAAACAUAUCUCAAGGUUUAUUUUGAUUCAUUUUAUAUCAUCAGAAAGCCUGUGUUGAUCUAAUCUGGAAAUGAAGUUAUGUAUUGAAGGAUUCAGUAUUUUGCUUUUUCUGCAGUAACAUUUGAGACUUUCAUGUUUAAUCAAAACCAAGCCUUUAUUGAUGUGAUUCCAGCAAAUUGUCAGAUAUCUGUCAUCUGUGGUGCUAAACACACCAAUAUAUAAUUUUUUUUUAAAUUUAUGUAUUUUCAUUAUGGGGUGAAAUAUGACCUCUGGUAUUUAUCAUGAUUUACACGAUCAAAGUUUCUCUGUCCCCAGUCCCCAAUUGAUUUUAUGGAAGCCCGUCUACUUUUGCAACUUUUUCUUUUGCAAUUUCAUGAUAUAAGCUCACAAUUUUAUUACGAAGUUAGAAUUGCAAGAUAUAACCAAAAUUGCAUUGCGAGUUUAUAUCUUGCAUUUCCGACUUAUUUUUUUUUUAUUGUAAGUUUAUAACUCACAAUUAUAAUUAUUUUUUGCAGUUGCAAGUUUAUUUCUCCGAUUUGUGUUCAUAUCUUGCAAUUCUGAUUAAUUCUUCGAAAUUUUGAAUUUAUAACUCUCAAUUCUGCAUAAUUUUUCGCCAUUGCAUAUUUUUGUCUCGCAAAUCUGACUUUUUCACUAUUGGAAGUUUAUUUCUCAGAAUUGUGAGUAAUCACAAUUCAGAGAAGAAAAAAAUCAGAAUUGUGAGAUAAUAAGUCCAAAAGCCUUUUACAAUUUUUUUAUUCAGUGGCAGAAAUGGGCUUCCAUAGUUCUUCUGUGCAGCUUUGUGCCAGUUGGUAAAAAUCAAAUGUACAAAGAGGACCAGAAAACAUGAUCUCUUCACUAACCUCCUUAGUACUUCUGGGGCAUUUAUUGAGUUUCAAAGGCAUUCCAGUGUUCUUUUGAAUCAGAAAUCAACAUUCUGGCACCAUUCACUAUUAUUACUGUCCUCUCGUUGUUCCAAACUUUCUUUCUAUAGUGAAACACAAACAGACAGAAAUUGCUAAAUAAAAUAGGUAGCAUUUUUAUACAGUUAAAGUCAAGUGGUCCGAGCUGCUUAAAGAACAAAAAACACCAGUAAAGUUACAUUUAGGCAAAAUAAUAAUAGUGAAAAAUACACACUAUAUUCCACUUAUACUAUACACAAUAGAUUUAUGUGAGGAACAGACAUCGUAGCUCUCUAUUUCUUAUGUACACAAUCUGCAUAUUCAUGAUUUCAAACCUGAUGCACCAAGUUUGAAUAUGUGCAUAAAAUUUGACAUUUUGAGUCUUUUUUCACACUUAGCUCUCAGAAGACUUUAAAUAUAGCAAUACAGUCCAAAAAAAAUCCUGUAAUUAGUUUUGCAUGCAUUAAGUAAAGUCAUGCAGUUUUGGAACAAUAUAAGGGCGAGUAAAUUAUGAUACAAUCUUAAUUUUCUACAUGUUACAUGCACUGUAUCCGAAUGAAUAUCAGCAGUGGACUAUAAUGACCAUAUCACUCGGUCCAAAUCCUAAAAAAAAAACAUGCAUACUUGCAAAAAAAAAAGUUUUUAUUUAGCUAAACAAAUGUUUAAUGUAUUAAUGUGUAAAAAGUUUAGCAGAGAUUCAGCUUGUUGUUAAUCGUUCGAUGUCUUUGCUUGAAUUCUAUGUAUGAAAGCAUAAUCAGCACUAUUUUAAGUGAGAAGUAUUUUAUGAGUUAUCAUUUUCUUUGCACUUUCUGAAUGUAUUUUAAGUUGCCGACUGUUAGUUACUCAUCUGCGAAUCAGUAUUAGUAAUAUAUUGUUUGUUUUCAGUCUCUGUGUAUCAGUUAGGAUUUAUUCUGCUCUUUUCUGUAAUAUCUUUGAAUCAGAGAUUCAGUGAUCAAAACUGGUUGUUGAUGAAUGUUUAAUGUGCAUAUACAUUGUGAUGUGUUUCCAUAUCAGGUGGUGUGUUUGUGUGUUUUGUGUCUCAGGUCUCCUGAGUGUGUAUGUGAGUGUGAAGUUCAAGUCUUAAAAAUGGAAAAACAUGGAGAACGACCGUAAAUUAUAGUGUCAAACAGGUAGUGGUCUGCUCAUAGAAGGCGUCAUGAUUUCUGUCUUUUAAACUAGGGAGUGAUCAGUUGUGAUGAAGAAUAAAAACUGUGCAAGCUGUCAUUAAAAAAGAUUUUUGUUCA